CCCGCCUGGUAGUUAAAUUUCCCCAGACGAUCGGUUUGGCAUCACCUUGCGUAGUGGGAUUGACGGAUUGAAGGCGCAUACAAUGGCGCAAUUCAUGGGUGUAUGCCGCUUGACCAAGGGUAUUCGGUCCAUGUUUUACAUGGUCACACCGAACGAAUCAUCAUUUGAAAAUUUGGAGGAUGUCCCGCCAUACCUUCAACAGGCCACCCCGUUCUUUAUGGGCUUGAUGGUUGUAGAGCUGGUUGUGAGCCUGCUGAAGGAUGGAUCCCCGGUGGCCUGCGUCAGUGACGUCGUCACCUCAGUGUCAGCUGGUAUCAUUUCCAGAAUGCCCACGCUGUUUGCAAGAGGCUUUGAAAUAACCACAUACAUCUACGUGUGGAACAACUUCCGUCUACUGGAGCUACCCUGGGACUCUGCCUGGACAUGGUGGCUGGCUUUCCUAGCGGUGGACUUCGGCUACUACUGGGUCCAUCGCUUUGCUCACGAGUUGAACCUCCUGUGGGCUGCCCACCAGGUCCACCACAGCUCAGAGUACUACAACCUUUCCACAGCCCUCAGACAAUCCCUCACACAGCAGUUCUCAUCAUGGGUGUUCUAUCUCCCAAUGGCGUUGGCAGUACCACCCUCUGUGUUUGCUGUUCACAUCCAAUUCAACCUGCUCUACCAGUUCUGGAUCCACACUGAGGUGAUCAGAGAUAUGGGACCUCUGGAGUGGGUCCUAAACACCCCCAGUCACCACAGAGUUCACCACGGGCGAAAUGAAUAUUGCAUUGAUAAGAAUUACGGGGGAGCUCUGAUAAUAUGGGACCGACUAUUCGGUACCUUUACUCCAGAGGGCGAUAAAGUUGUCUAUGGUCUCGUACACAAAAUAAACACAUUUGAAAUCCUCCAUAUUCAGUUCCAUUACUAUAAAUACUUGUGGAGGAGGUUCAAUAGAUACAAGAAAAUCUUCAAUAAAUUGGGCGUCCUCUGGAAAGGACCAAGUUGGAAACCUGGCAAACCAAGGCUGGGGGAUCACGCAGAGGUGCCUGAGGUCACUGGAGAAGAGCUGCCAUACAAUCCCAGUUGGCCUCUGGCUCUGCAAGUCUAUGUCUGCAUACAUGGUCUAAUGUUGUUGGGUGUUUACCAGGAUCUGUUUGAGUCAAGGCUGAUGCUAUCCCAGCUGACUGUUCUGAUGAUGACUGGCUACAUUCUACUCAGUCUGACCUCCAUUGGCUUCAUCAUUGACCAAAGGUCAACGGCAUCCAUGUUGGAGUUGCUACGCUGUGUGCUGAUGGUGAUGCUGCUGAGAUAUGGCUACAUGACGGCACCAGCACCGCUGGUUGUGCCCAUUGAGGCAGGCAGGCAGGCUAGCCAUAUGGACGGGAGGGGAGCUCUGGAAACAUCCCAUUACAAGUCAUAUAUCACACUCCUGACAGCACCCAUUCUGCGCUGUUUUCAUUUCAAUCAUGAGUGCAGCUGCACGGGAGAACUCAGGGCUCCACCAUGUUAACCCACUACUGCCCAGGACUGCUACAGGUACCCCAGUGUAGGGAGGUGGGGAGUCAAACGUAUGAGAAGAAAGGAACCCUCUCACCUGGUGGCAGGUUUCUUGACUAUUCAAUAUAUCACUUUAUUUAUCACAUGCUGGCAGAAUAGUCAAUGGGGUCUAGACAAUACUGUAGAAGUGUCUCCUCCUUGCUCAGAAAGGUAGAACAGUAUGUUCCAUAUCUUAUGAUUUAGACACAAGAAACCUGAAACUACUCAGAAAUAAAGAUCUACCACAUGCAUUUUCA